GAAGCUGUUGAGGAGGAAGACGGCAUGAAAACACAUUUGCAGCUGUAUCUUGCAAGGCACCAGAACAAGAUAAUUCCCUGUGGACAAUAUGACAAAGAACGGUCAGAGACUGAAACCUUCUGACCUGACAGAGGAAAGCUGUAGAGUUCUGUCCUCAGUUCUCAGCUCCAUCUCCUCCAGACUAACAGAACUGGACCUGAGUAACAACAAACUGCAGGAUUCAGGAGUCAAGCUGCUCUCUGAUGGACUGAAAGAUCCACACUGUACAAUGAAGACUCUGAGGUUGUGUUGGUGUGAUCUCUCAGAGGAAAGCUAUAGAUUUCUUUCCUCAGUUCUCAGUUCUAACUCCUCCAGUCUGAGAGAACUGGACCUGAGUGGCAACAAACUGCUGGACUCAAAAAUGAAACGUCUUUCUGUUGGACUGAGGGAUCCACACUGCAACCUGGAGACACUCAAGUUGUGUUUGUGUGACCUGACAGAGGAAAGCUGUAGAGUUCUGUCCUCAGUUCUCAGCUCCAUCUCCUCCAGACUAACAGAACUGGACCUGAGUAACAACAACCUGCAGGAUUCAGGAGUCAAGCUGCUCUCUGAUGGACUGAAAGAUCCACACUGUACACUGAAGACUCUGAGGUUGUGUUUGUGUGAUCUGACAGAGGAAAGCUGUAGAGUUCUGUCCUCAGUUCUCAGCUCCAUCUCCUCCAGACUAACAGAACUGGACCUGAGUAACAACAACCUGCAGGAUUCAGGAGUCAAGCUGCUCUCUGAUGGACUGAAAGAUCCACACUGUACACUGAAGACUCUGAGAUUGUAUGGUUGCUGUCUGAGAGAGGAAAGCUGUAGAGCUCUGUCCUCAGUUCUCAGCUCCAAGUCUAUUCUGAGAGAACUGGAUCUGACGGAUAAUAAAGUGCAGGAUUCAGGAGUCAGGCUGCUGUCUGAUGGACUGAAGAAUCCACACUGUACACUGGAGACUCUGAGGUUGUGUUUGUGUGAUCUGUCAGAGGAAAGCUGUAGAUUUCUGUCCUCAGUCCUCAGAUCCUCCAGAUUGAGAGAACUGAAUCUGUGGGAUAAUAAAGUGCAGGAUUCAGGAGUGAAGCUGCUCUCUGCUGGACUGCAGAUGCCACACUGCACACUGGAGAAACUGGAGCUGACACGGUGCAGUAUAACAGGUGAAGGUUGUGCUGCUUUGGCUUCAGCUCUGAGGUCAAACCCCUUGUCACACCUGAGAGAACUGAACCUGGACUACAAUAAACCAGGAGAAUCAGGAGUGAAGCUGCUCUCUGAUCUACUGAAGGAUCCACACUGUAAACUGGAGACACUACACAUUAAAUAAAAAUAAGGCUUCCUGAAGAAGUUCUGCUUGUUCAACGAUGUAACGUGACUGAAUGUAUAAUGCAUUCAGUGUGUUUGUGUUUAUAGGGUUAGAUAAGUGUAUAAAAUAACCCAAGCUGUGUCAUUAUUUCAUACACACACAAACACACACAAACACACACACAUAUACUGUACACACACAUAUACACACAAACACACAAACAUAUACACACACACACACACACAAUCUUCUCAUCUUCAAGACAUUAUAAUAGCAUUCAUUGUUAUUUAUUGUAAUUUUUGUCUUUGUUUUUGUUCUAAGAUAAACAUCACUUUGGUCAGUAAAUUGCCAUAAAUGCCUGACGUAUCAAAUAUGAUAAAAAUAAAUAAAUAAAUAAAUAAAUAAAUAAAUAUAAAAAAGUGUAAAGGUUUUGUUUUAAGACCCAGUAACGUCAGGAUUUACAGGGUUAAGCUGAGAAGAUAAACAGACAGCAGAAUAUCAUGGAAUCAGCUAAUAAAGUGAACCUGAUGUAAUAAAGCCAUGACUCUGAGCUCUUACUGCUGUGUUCCUGAGAUCUUCAGGUUCCUCAGUAUGUGCAGUGUGAUGUUCAGAGCUCGCUCUCACACACUGAGCUGUGACCAACAGAAGCUUCCAUCUGAUUAUGUGAUGUUAGAUAACAUGAGCAUUUUAUUCGUCACAUGACUGUGUAGUGUUAAACACCCAGCACAUCCUCUGGGGGAAUUACACGUAAACACACAUCAUCAGGUGCAGGAACAACUGGAGAUCAUUUCAGGUCUUAUAUUUGGUCUGAUGUUGGAACUGAUGAGAGUUUUUACAUUAAAGGAAUCAUUUGAUGGAGAAAAAGAGACUCUGUUUCUGGUUGAAGGUGAAGUUCCACUGCAGCCAAAUUCUGACCAAAAGUGCUGAUGUUGAGUUUUUGGUCUACAGAAAGCUGUGGUCCUGACUGUGAGAUUAAACUGGAAUGGUAUGUUGUUGUACUUCAAUGGUGAUGUGAUGACAUUAAAAACACACACAAGUGUGAGGAUCUGGAGAACAUCACAGAAGCUGAACCAUCUCCAUCUCCUCCACCCUUCAUCACUCCUUUAUGCUGCCAAAUAAAUCUUUUAAAGCAAA